AUGUUCUCCAAAAUGGUCACGUACUUGACAGGUGAGCUGACAGCGAACAGUGAAGACUAUAAACUUUUGGAAAAUAUGAACAAACUGACUAACUUGAAGUAUCUAGAAAUUAAAGAUAUGGCAGUAAACAUAAGUAGAAACCUAAAGGACUUAAACCAGAAAUACACAGCACUUUGGCCUUGUCUGGAUCAGAUCACUUUAAUAGAGGAACAAGCAGCAGCUCUGGAGCAGGCAGCCUACAAGUUGGAUGCACACUCAAAGAAACUAGAAGCAAAGUACAAGAAGUCACCUUGUUACAGCAAAGCAGGAGGGGAAAGCGUGCACAAGUGUUCACAAGUAAAAUGGCAGAGGAGGAGCCCAGGGAAACAGCUCUAG